AUGUAUGACAUGCACAGUCUCAUCUGCAAAAUGGCAAGGAGCAUGUUCACGGAUAUAGAUUUGAUGAAGCGUCUGAAUCAGAGUAAAUACGACUUGGGGGCAGAUAUCUGGUUAAUGCGAGUGGACUUUGUGUUUGAGUUUCCACGUCCCACAAUGCCUAAUAUGGUCUAUAUGGGAGGGUUCCAGUGUAAACCUGCUAAACCACUCCCGAAAGUCAUCUGGAAACAUAAAGGCUACAUACCAGCCUCACUGGGAAACAACACUUUACUUGUGGACUGGAUUCCUCAGAAUGACAUCCUGGGACACCCCAAAACAAGACUGUUUGUGGCUCAUGGGGGAACAAAUGGACUUCAAGAAGCUAUGUAUCAUGGAGUGCCUGUAGUGGGUGUACCUGUGUUCUUUGACCAGUAUGAUAACUUGCUGCGCCUACAAGCAAGGGGAGGGGCUAAAAUACUCUCUUUGUCCACAGUAAAUAAAAAUAACUUUCUCAGUGUUGUUCAGGAAGUCUUAUCUGACCAGUCAUACAGGGAGAACAUGCAGAGACUGUCCAGGCUCCACAGAGACCAGCCAAUACAGCCGCUCAACAGCGCCAUCUUCUGGAUAGAGUUUGUCAUGAGACACAAAGGAGCAGCUCAUUUGAAAUCCGAGUCCUACAGAAUGCCAUGGUAUUCUUAUUACUCUAUCGAUGUGAUUGUUGUUUUAGGUGGCUGUGCAGAGAAAAAGCUAGAAAAGUUCAAAUCACACUAA